AGAUUUUACAACGGACAUUUUUUUCUGGUACUGAGCGCCUGUUUUCACGCAUCAGCUCGUCUCUCUCUCUCUCUCUCUCUCUGUCUCUUAGCAAUACCUGCUUUGCUCUAGCCUCUUUCUCUUCCUCUACUACUACUACUACUACUACUGUUAUUCCGUGAACGUGCAGCGAGGGCGUGCUUGUACUCAUCUCCCCUCCCCACCCCACCCCCUCCUCCUUCUCCUCCUUUAUUCGCUCUUUUAUCGGCCAGACGAGGGAUUAGGUGCGUUGGAACUCUACGAAGUCGCUGCACUUUCUUGUUUUUGUUUUAUUUCCCCUCUACUCGUACGUUAGACCAAAGACAAGAAGAACACGUUUUUUUAAACGAAGAAUAAAAAUGACGACCAACGCUAUUGGCAUUGAUCUGGGCACGACCUACUCCUGCGUCGGCGUCUUCAAGAACGACCAGGUGGAGAUCAUCGCGAAUGACCAGGGCAACCGCACGACGCCGUCGUACGUGGCCUUCACGGAGACGGAGCGCCUGGUCGGCGACGCGGCGAAGAACCAGGUCGCGAUGAACCCGCACAACACCGUCUUCGACGCCAAGCGCAUGAUCGGCCGUAAGUUCGACGACCCCGAUCUGCAGUCCGACAUGAAACACUGGCCCUUCAAGGUCACCGUGAAGGAUGGCAAGCCCGUCGUGAACGUGGAGUACCAGGGGGCGACCAAGACCUUCUUCCCGGAAGAGAUCUCUGCGAUGGUGCUACAGAAGAUGAAGGAGACGGCCGAGGCGUACCUCGGUGUAACCGUCAAGGAUGCCGUGGUGACGGUGCCGGCCUACUUCAACGACUCCCAGCGUAAGGCGACGCAGGAUGCCGGCUCCAUCGCGGGGCUCAACGUGCUGCGCAUCAUCAACGAACCGACGGCGGCCGCCAUCGCCUACGGCAUGGAUCGCAAGAACGACAAGGGCGAGAAGAACGUGCUGAUCUUCGACCUGGGCGGCGGCACGUUCGAUGUGACGCUGCUGACGAUCGAGAGCGGCGUCUUCGAGGUGAAGGCGACGGCUGGCGACACCCACCUCGGCGGCGAGGACUUCGACAACCGCCUCGUCGACUACUUCGCGACGGAGUUCAAGAUGCGCUGCGGCAAGGACUGCCGCGUGAACGCGCGGGCGACGCGGCGGCUGCGCACGGCGUGCGAGCGCGUGAAGCGCACGCUGUCCAGCUCCACAACGGCCAACAUCGAGAUCGACGCCCUCUACGAGGGCAGCGACUUCUUUUCCAAAAUUACGCGGGCGCGCUUCGAGGAGAUGUGCCGCGAUCAGUUCGAGAAGUGCCUCGAGCCGGUGAAGAAGGUGCUGGCGGACGCGGAUAUGAAGCCGCAGGACGUAAACGACGUCGUGCUCGUUGGUGGCUCGACCCGCAUCCCGAAGAUUCAGCAGAUGGUCUCGCAGUUCUUCAACGGCAAGGAGCCGAACCGCUCCAUCAACCCCGACGAGGCCGUCGCGUACGGUGCGGCGGUGCAGGCGCACAUCCUCGCCGGUGGCCAGUCGGACAAGACAGACGGCCUGCUGCUGCUCGAUGUCACGCCCCUCUCCCUCGGCGUGGAGACGGCCGGCGGCGUCAUGUCGGUGCUCAUCCCGCGCAACUCCACCAUGCCCGUGCAGAAGACGCAGACCUACUCGAACAACGCCGACAACCAGCGCAACGUCGAGAUUAAGGUGUACGAGGGUGAGCGCCCGCUCGUCUCGCAGUGUCAGUGCCUCGGCACCUUCACACUCACCGACGUCCCGCCCCUGCCGCGUGGUAAGGCCCGCAUCAACGUGACCUUCGACGUGAACACAGACGGCAUCUUGCUUGUGAGCGCCGUGGAGGAGUCUGGCGGCCGCAAGGAAGCCAUCACCAUCAAGAACGACACGGGACGCCUCAGCAAGGAUCAGAUUGAAAAGAUGGUGCAGGAAGCAGAGAAGUUCGCGGAGGAGGACAAGUUGAACAGCGAGCGAGUGGAGGCGCGCAACACGCUUGAGAAUUACACCUUCUCCAUGCGGGCUACCCUCGACGACCCCGAUGUGCAGACCGGCGUGAGUCAGGAGGACCGUCAGAAGAUUCAGGCAGCAGUGAGCGUUGCGUCGAACUGGCUCGACAGCAACCCAGAGGCGACGAAGGAGGAGUACAUGGAGCAGACGAAGGUGAUCGAGGCGGUGGCCCACCCGAUACUCGCGGAGUUCUACAAGAAGCGCGUGAUGGAGGCGCCGCCGAGCGCGGGUGCCGCUGCGCCGCACGAGGGCGAGGAGGGAGAGCCGCGCGGUGAGGCCCCGAGUGCGCAGGAUGUCGACUAA